ACAGAGGGAUGCAAUGGGCAUGCGCGGGCGCUCGAGCCGCUCUGUAACUACGGCCAGGCGCGGGCGCGAGCGUCACUAACAAAAACAAACGGAGGACGUCGUACCUGUUUAAAGGAGCCGUGAGACGCGUUCAGGCUGCGCGUUAACCGGGAAAAGUGAGGAGAAAAAAAAAGAACUGACCCGGACACGAAUAAAGAGUUCUGGGAGUCUUUGACUGGUGGAAUUAAACAACAAUGAUGAAAAAGGUUGUGCGCGAGAGGACGACGAGGAAUAAAACGGAUGUAAAUUAGAAGCAGCUGUUGAAGUUACCGAGUUCACUACCGGAUACAGGAUGGCUUGAGUUUGGGCUCUUUUGGGUUUGUUUUUUCUUCCCAAUUACUUUUUUAUUCUAAGGAAACAGACGCACAUGUUGAAGAAACUUUACCGCGAGUGAAACAGCCGGUUUUUGAGACCGGGAGGAUUUAACCACCUGUUUCAGUAUCAUCUGUCCCCCUGUCCCUGUCUCCUCUCAUCAUCAUCAUGUCCAGAGCGGGGCAGAAAAAGCCCCACUGGAGCGCAAGCGUGAGCGAGUGCGCGGUGCGCCGGGACGCGCGCGGAGACGUGAACGUGCCACUGCAUGGCGGAGCGGAGAACGGAGAGUUCGUGUACGUGGGACGCGUGGAUCCCGGAUCUAUCAGCUACGACCACGGCACUCUGACCGAAGGAGAGCUGGUACUGGAGGUAGAGACUCUGCCCGUGUCUGGAUUACCGCUGUACGACGUCCUGAGCGCCGUGAAGAACUCCAAAGGACCCGUGAGGCUCAAAACCGUCCGCCAAGGAAAUAAGCUGAAAAAAGACCUCAAGCAGUACCUGAGCCAGAGGUUUCAGAAAUCCUCCGAAGACCACAAGCUCCAGCAGACCAUACGGGAUAACCUCUACCGCCAUGCUGUGCCUUGUACGACCCGUCCUCCUCGUGACGGAGAGGUUCCUGGGGUCGAUUAUAACUUCCUGUCGGUGGAGGAGUUCCUGAAGCUGGAGCAGAGCGGGACUCUUCUGGAGAUCGGCUCUUACGAAGGUAACUACUAUGGAACACCCAAACCGUCAAGCAAGCCCCCUGCUGCUAAAGUGAUUGGCGGAGAGGCGUCGCCAAACGACAGGCCCCGCCCCGAGGAGACCACACCCCGCCGCUCAAAGUCUUACAAUGAGAUGCAGAAUGCUGGAAUAGCCCCGACUGACACAGAGGAUGAGGACGAGCUUCCUGAAAUGAACAGCAGCUUCACAGGAGACUCAAGUGAACCGGACGAGCAGCCGUCUGUCCACCCUUUCGCACCGUCUCACCGGUACAACAGCGUCCCCACGGCAACCACGGAGAGCACGCAGAACACACACACACACCCCAGUCACCCUGCGGACGAGGACCCGCUGGGCCCUUUACCCGAAAACUGGGAGAUGGCUUACACCGAGAACGGAGAGGUCUACUUCAUAGACCACAACACAAAGACCACGUCGUGGAUCGACCCCCGGUGCCUGGACAAGCCCCAGAAACCCCUGGAGGAGUGUGACGAUGACGAAGGAGUUCAUACUGAGGAACUGGACAAUGAUCUAGAGUUGCCCGCCGGGUGGGAAAGAAUCGACGAUCCAGUGUACGGGGUUUAUUACGUAGAUCACAUCAACAGAAAGACACAGUAUGAGAAUCCCAUACUGGAAGCUAAGAGGAAGAAGCAGUUGGAACAGUCGCAGCCAGCAGAGGAGUGGAUAGAAGAGAACGCUUCGAGAGCACCGCUAGCCAGCUACGCCGCCCUUCACCAGGAGACGCACAGAAGCCCCGGGCCUCCUUUUCCCUCAGUGGAGGCCAAACGAGUGAAGCCUUUCUUCACACGGAACCCAGCCGAACUAAAGGGAACCUUCAUUAACACUAAGCUGAGGAAGAGCCGCCGUGGAUUCGGCUUCACGGUGGUCGGGGGAGACGAGCCAGAUGAGUUCCUCCAGAUUAAGAGUCUGGUGUUGGACGGCCCGGCCGCUCUGGAUGGCAAGAUGGAGACAGGUGACGUAAUCGUCAGCGUAAACGACACCUGUGUCCUCGGCUACACACACGCGCAGGUGGUAAAGAUCUUCCAGUCCAUUCCUAUCGGUUCCAUGGUGGAUCUGGAGCUGUGCCGAGGCUACCCGCUGCCCUUUGACCCCGACGACCCCAACACCAGCCUGGUGACCUCUGUGGCCAUCGUGGACAAGGAGCCUAUCAUAGUCAACGGCCAAGAAAGCUAUGACUCGCCGUCCAGCCACGGAAGCCAUAACGGCACCGACAGCGAACCACCACGCCCUUUAAGCCCUGCCCACGAGCCCACCCACGACGGCUCACAGGAGCAGCGCUUUGCCGGAGACGCCGUCACACUGGCGUCGUCCAUCGCCACGCAGCCCGAGCUGAUCACAGUGCACAUGGAGAAAGGAGACAAGGGCUUCGGCUUCACCAUCGCAGACAGCCCAGGGGGCAGCGGCCAGCGUGUCAAGCAGAUCGUGGAUUACCCACGAUGCCGAGGGCUCAGGGAAGGCGAUAUAAUCGUGGAAGUGAACAAGAGGAAUGUGCAGAAUCUGACUCACAACCAGGUGGUGGAUCUGCUCAGCAAGUGCCCUAAAGGCAGUGAAGUCACCAUGUUGGUCCAAAGAGGGGUGGCUCCUGCCAAGAAAAGCCCAAAACUGCAGCCGCUGGAGAGAAAAGACAGCCAGGGCAGCCAUCGCAGCGUUCCAUCAGACUCGCCACUCCACUCCUCGCAGGCUCCAUCCACAGAGACGGCGGCGCCGCCUCCCCCCGCCCAGCCGCUGCCCGGUCUGCCCCCUCAGGAGGCGACGACAGACGGCACGCUCGCCAAGAAACCGGACCCAUUCAAAAUUUGGGCCCAGUCCAGGAGCAUGUAUGAAAGUAGGCUGCCAGAUUACCAGGAGCAGGAUAUCUUUCUGUGGAGGAAGGAUACAGGCUUUGGUUUCCGGAUUCUUGGAGGGAAUGAAGCAGGAGAGCCUAUUUACAUCGGCCACAUCGUGAAAUACGGCGCUGCAGACGAAGACGGACGCCUGCGCUCCGGAGACGAGCUGAUUUGCGUGGAUGGGACGGCCGUGGUGGGUAAAUCCCAUCAGCUUGUGGUACAGCUCAUGCAGCAGGCAGCCAAGCAAGGCCACGUCAACCUGACUGUCAGACGCAAGACAGGAUACGGAGUGACUAAGGUGGACGGUGAGGUUCCUCCAUCUCCAGCCUCGUCUCAUCACAGUAGUACCCAGGCCACGUCUCUGACCGAGGACAAGCGCACGCCUCAGGGCAGCCAGAACUCUCUGAACACGGUCAGCUCGGGCUCAGGCUCCACCAGCGGCAUAGGCAGCGGAGGUGGAGGCGGAGGUGGCGGCGGCAGUGGAGGAGGAGUUGGAGGUGUAGGAGGAGUAGGAGGAAUCAACAGCAGCGUAGUGCCCAGCGCGAUUCAACCGUACGACGUCGAGAUCCGGCGGGGAGAGAACGAGGGUUUCGGUUUCGUCAUCGUCUCAUCCGUCUCCAGACCCGACGUGGGGACAACUUUCGCUGGAAACACAUGUGUGGCCAUGCCUCAUAAAAUAGGGAGGAUCAUCGAGGGCAGUCCGGCGGACCGCUGCGGGAAGCUGAAGGUGGGAGAUCGCAUUCUAGCGGUCAAUGGCUGCUCCAUCACCAACAAGUCGCACUCCGACAUCGUCAACCUGAUCAAAGAGGCAGGAAACACAGUCGCGCUGCGCAUCAUUCCAGGAGACGAGUCGUCAAAUGCAGCGCUGCUGACCAACGCUGAGAAGAUCGCCACCAUCACUACCACACACGCACCUCAACAGCAAGCUGCACCUGAGCCAAGAAACAACAGCAAACCAAAACAGGAGUCUUUCGAGUUCAAAGCACCUCAAGUUCCCCCUCCUCCAGCCCCCACACAAGCCACCAACCAGGAGGGCGAGCUGUACUCCGUGGACCUGGAGAGAGACAGUAAAGGCUUUGGCUUCAGUCUGCGUGGAGGACGUGAGUACAACAUGGACCUGUACGUGCUGAGGCUGGCUGAAGACGGAGCAGCGGUGCGCAGCGGCAAGAUGAGGGUAGGAGAUGAGAUUUUGGAGAUAAACGGCGAGAGCACCAAAGGUAUGAAGCACACCCGCGCCAUCGAACUGAUCAAAAGCGGCGGCCGGACGGCGCACCUCGUGCUGAAGCGCGGGGACGGCUCCGUACCCGAAUAUGAUGGCAACAACGACAACAACGGCCCCGUCAGCAGGGCUCAAACUGUUUCGGAAGUGAACACGGCACCUCCUGACAGGCAGCCCCGCAUGUCACUGGAUUCCAGUUCUCCACAAGACCUUCAUAAUACAUCCCGGAAAGAGGACAGGAGGACACAUGAGUCAGGUCAGCGCAAGCACGGCCACCGCUCCAACCAUCACCAUAGCAACCACAGACACCGCUCUCCAGACAAACGGGGCAGGGACAGACACCACAAUAAGAAAAGUAGCAGCAGUGCUCAUAACAAAAAGAGAGGCGAUAAGAGGUACAGCAAAGAUGAUUCAUAUAACCAUCAGCACCACCGGAGGCACCAUUCACCAGAGAGGAGGCGCCGGGCAAGGAGCGCCGACAACACGCUAGACAGUCAACAUGAACGUCGGCACGGGCGAUCGCCGGAAAGACGCCCUCAGCGUCAUUCUUCUCCACAAAGGCACCGUUCACCACAUCGGUCAGGGCACCGCAAUAGGUCCCCUUACCGUCACAGAUCACCUUAUCGCUCCAGACACCAAUCCCCGCGCCGGCAGUCCAACCCUCUUUCAAACAAGCCACACAAUGGCAAACCAGCGUUGGAUGAGGAUGUGGUCUUGAAGGAGCCUCCAUCUCCUGAGCCUUCUUCUCAUUUGGACAGUGUCCUGAACGAGUUGCCUGCGACGGAUCGGCUAAACCGUGACAGCCUCUUGCCACGGAUGACAUACAAUGGUUUAGAGCGUGGCAACGGCCUGACAUACCCAGGAAAGUCCUACAGUCGUCUAAACAGUAAUAGCACCCUCCCCCGGCAGUUUGUAAAUGGUAAUACCCUCCCCCAGUACUAUGAUCGUUGGAACCGUGACGACACCCUCCCCCGGCAGUCCUAUGGACCUCUGAACAAUGACGACACACUACGUCGACUGCCAUAUGACCGUGUGAAUCGAGAGUCCUAUGAUGGUUUGGCCCAAAGAAAUCCUUUUCCCCAAGAGCCAAUAGACCACUUUUCGACCAUGGAGAGGACAUACAAUGGCGACAGCCUGCCCCGAAGAACCUACCAGGAACAGAGCCUUCCCCACGCCAGAACCCCUGAUUCCGGUUCAGCUUUUCAGAAGUACACUUCGUUGCUCAGGGGUCGCUCUCCCGAGAGAAAGAGUCGGUUAUCUCAAUCAGAUUCUCCAGAAGCGACCUCCUACCGAGCCAGGAGCCUUGACAUACUUCCUACAAGGGGUUCCCGAAACGCGGUCGACUCGGAGGAGGAAGAAGAUAAGGAAAGCAGCGUAAAAAAUUACUACAGCAAACUAAAGACCAAUUAUGGCAAAGCCAACAACACACUUCCCGAGCCCAGGAGGAAGGCCUACAAAGAGAACUCCAAAGAUCUCAGCAUCUGACAGACUGUCGCUCCAUACAAGCCCUCCUCUGAGGACCCUGUAUACUAUGCUAUGAAUUUGACAUUCCUGUGUUUUCCUAGAAAGAUUACUUGACAACUUGUAACAAACAGCGGAAGAAUGGUUUUUGCUGUACGUUCCAGGAAUCGUUGGUUGUUUUUUUUUGUUUUGUUUUGUUUUUUUUUCAUACAAUUUCACAAACAUCUAUCAGAGAUUGAUGACUACGUAUAAAGAAAACGAUUAUGUGCCUAAUAGUACCAUUCUUGAUGGUUUUUAUUUUAUAAAGGGCAGUCUUUUGAACUACUGUCUGUUGAUAGUAUUUUUCGGUUUCAGAGACCACACCCAUGCACCGAGCACCUCUCCUCACUGGGUGCUCACAUGUAUGCUGUGCAUGUCUUUACACUUCUCAGUGUCUUUCUUCUUUAUUUCAUUCUUUCUCUCCCUCGGUGCCAAUGAUUUUUACACAUUUGACCAGAGUAUAGCACAAGUCUGCAUUCAUUUGUAUAUUUUUGACAGUUUGCAGUACGUGUACAUUCAGAGGUGAUCAUUUUACGAGAAUGAAGGGAACAUGAAGUUAAAAUAUGAUAACGUGAGAAUAAAAUAUAUACACAAUCUU